UUAUGAUUCUAGAUACAAGUAAUGAAGGCCAGGCAUAUGUAUAACUUAUAUUACAGUUAUGAUUCUAAAUACAAUUAAUGAAGGCCAAGCUUAUGUAUAACUUAUAUUACAGUUAUGAUUCUAGAUACAAUUAAUGAAGGCCAGUCAUUUGUACAACUUAUAUUACAGUUAUGAUUCUAGAUACAAUUAAUGAAGGCCAAGCAUAUGUAUAACUUAUAUCUGAGCGCAGGUAGAAACUUUACAAUCAUAUUUUUUAUCGUAAAUUAUUUUGGAGGAAAUCAGUUGAAAUUUGCGUUACAUAAUGGAUGAUAAAGGUCUUCCCGAUGAUACUGCACGGAUGGGGCUGAGUGAAAACGCACAUAUUGCCUUUCUGCACGUCUAAAGCGCAAAACCUGACAAACACGUGCACAGGAUCACGUGAUCAACACAGUGAACGCGUAUGCCUUCAAAUCAAUUCACACGUGUAUUGUUUAACAGGAAAACACAUUAAAAUUUCUGGUGACAAAUUAGUGACUGAAUGCCACGCCUCACAAAUGCAGAACGUGAGCGUGCUGUGGGUAGGCUGCACGCAGGACAAUCCGUUGCGGCAGUUGCUCGCACACUAGGAUGCAGCCGACAGACAAUUCAUAAUCUCAGAACCCGUGGCCAGGACAUCCGCGUGUGACGUCACGCCGAGAGGAUGGACAAAUCAGAUUACGUCAUCUCCGUAAUCGGUUCGAGACGGCCGCGUCCACAAGCAGACAAUUGUUCAGGGGUCGGGUAUCACAAUCCACCAUCAGGAAUGGACUGCGGACUGCUGGUCUGCGGACUGCUGGUCUGCGGACUGCUGGUCUGCGAGCUAGGAGACCAUACAAAGGACCCAUUUUCACGCCAUUUCACCGUCGUCAACGUCUGGAAUGGACCCGACGACACGUUAGAUGGAAUCAGAGACGCUGGAAUAACGUUGUCUUUAGUGACGAGUCACGUUUCACACUUAGGUUUGCUGAGGGAAGGGUACGGGUGUGGCGUAGACCGCGAGAACGCUAUGCGCAGUGUUGUGUUCAGGCGGUCGACAGAUUUGGUGGCGGCAGCGUAAUGGUUUGGGGUUCAUUUUAUUCCCAUAGUCGUUCCCGAUUGAUUGUCGUCCAGGGCAACCUCACUGCCGCACAAUACCGUGAUCAAGUGUUGACACCGGAACUGCUGCCGUUCAUGCAACAACACGGUCCAGGAUUGACAUUUUAACAAGACAACGCUACACCCCAUACAGCGAUCUUGACGCCUCGGUGGCGUCGUGGCAGGCCAUCGGUCUACAGGCUGAUGAUGAUACUUACUGAAGGCCAGUCCUUUCUAUCACUUAUAUCAGUUCCAAUUUGACUGAUAACUGCAUUCCCGGCAUCUUCGAUUGUAAUUCCAAAAAGUUUACAUUUUCCAAUGGAAUGCUGAAAGCUGAAAGAUUCGCAUCUGUUACGGAGCUUGCACUGUGACGCACAUUCCACAAGCCCAGUGUCUUCUAUGACAUCUAUACCUACGUCCAUUAUAGCUUUGUUCCUGCGUAAAAAUCUGAACUUGUCAGGAUUUGUGCACGUACGUACAGAAACAGAGACGUGCCAGAAAAUACUCACCAAGAACGCCGACUCAAGAACCGCAGUGUUCAUCGUGCAAUUGUUUGUCUCCCUUCUUCUGUCUCAGUUUACACUGCAUUUUUAUGAUCGCAUUGUAUUUGUAAGUUUCAGCCAAUGGCUGAAUGACAGCUAUGGCAAAAAAAAUUCUUCAGCCAAUUAUCCAAUAAAAUAUUCUAGUAGAA